ACUAGCGGGAGGGGAAGCCAAGAAAUAAAGAGAGGAAUAUAUGUCUGCAUUCCGACCUUCAUGCAGUGAUGGUACAACAAAAAACACCCAAAGAAGCGAGAGAGAAGAAACCCCCUGUGUCUGGAAAAACGAUCUCUCAUAAAUCAACUCUGGGUGACCAUGGUACAACCAAUGGAGCAAAGAAACGACAUAAAUGCCAUGAAUGUGGAAAGAGAUUCAAGGGCAAUGCUGACCUCCGCGCCCAUCAAAGAACGCACACAGGGGAGAAGCCAUUUGACUGUCUGGAUUGUGGAAAAGUAUUUCGUCAGAAGAGGGCACUUACUGUUCAUCAAAAAACACACUCUGGGAAGAAAUCGUUCGAAUGCUUGGAGUGUGAAAAGAGAUUCUGCCGGAAGGCUGCUCUUCAACUGCAUCAGAGAAGACACAGUGGGGAAAAGCCAUUUAAAUGCCUAGAAUGUGGAAAGGCAUUCUACCGCAGUAUUGACCUUCAAGAGCAUCAAAGAACUCACACCGGGGAGAAGCCAUUUAAAUGCUUGGAGUGCGGAAAGAGCUUCAGUUUGAAGAACAGCCUAACUAAACAUCAAAGAAUGCAUACCGGGGAGAAACCAUUUGAAUGUUCACAGUGUGGAAAGAGCUUCAAGUGGAAGGGAACCCUUACAAUACAUCAGCGAAUUCACACAGACAGAGGAGAGAAACCAUUUGAAUGUUCGCACUGCAGAAAGAGAUUCCUUUCCAGGCACAGUGUUACACGUCAUCAGAUAAUUCACAGAGAAGACAAGCCAUUUAAAUGUUUGGAAUGCAGCAAGAAUUUUGGCGAUAAGCAUGGCCUUGCUAGACAUCAAAGAAUUCACACAGGAGAGAAACCGUUUAUCUGUCGGUCCUGUGGAAAAGCAUUUAGGGAGAAGGGGGCACUUACUGCUCAUCAAAGACGACAUUCCAGGGAGAAGCCAUUUAAAUGCUUGGAGUGUGGAAAGAGCUUCAAGUCGAAGAAUGGCCUUUCUUUACAUCAAAGAAUCCGCACAGGAGAGAAACCGUUUAUC